AUGACCGGCUUCAGACUCUCCAUCGCUGCUUUUAGAAAACUGAAUGUCUGUUUUGGACUGUGGGAGAAAUUCCCCCCUUCCAGGCUGCGUCCUUCGUGGCGGAGGAGCAUCCCCUGCAGCUGUCAGGCCCGCACCGUGAGCUACGUAAGGCAUCCCAGCCUGUCCCCAGCAAGGCCGAGCACGCUAAGGCUUUCUCCAGAGUGUGUCUUGGUACUUCCUCUGCGGAACAAAAGCAACAAGAGCUCCAAAAGGAAUAAACAAACACUACAGGAAGAGGAAGAGGAGGAAGAGGAAAGUGAUAUAGAAGAGGAAUUUGAUGAUGACUCCAACAUAGUAAAAGAUUACAAGGAUCUUGAGAAAGUAGUGCAGUCCCUUCGAUACGAUGUAAUCAUGAAAUCUGGUCUAGACAUUGCAAGAAAUAAAGUAGAAGAUGCAUUCUACAAUAAUGAACUCAGGCUGAACGGAGAAAAACUGUGGAAGAAAAGUAGAACUGUGAAAAUUGGUGACACGCUGGAUCUUAUAGUAGGUGAAGACAAAGAAACAGGAACUGCUGUAGUUAUGCGUGUUGUCUUAAAAAAAGUAUCUGACAAGACUGAAAGCGAGAAAUACAGAGUAAUUCUGAGGCGCUGGAAAAACUUAAAAGUGCCCAAACAGGAUGUGCUUAAGUAACAGGAGUUCGCGUGGUGGCAUGAGACUUUUUUUGUAGAAGAGCUUAUCAUUUGUUGUUGAAUAUGAAUUUUGGUUAAACAAAAUGAGAGUG